AUGCACAUUCUGCACCGCGACAUCAAACCUGAGAACGUGCUUCUCGACACGGACGGGCACAUUAAGCUCGCCGAUAUGGGCCUCUCGAAGCGCCUCGAGACCCACCAUGCCCGCACCAAGACCAUGUGCGGCACCGACACAUACCUCCCGCCCGAGAUGGUGAGCCGAUCGCCGCAGGGCCACGGGCUCCAAGUCGACAUGUGGCAACUCGGCUGCCUCUUGUACGAACUCCGAUCUGGGUACCCCCCGUUUUAUUUGCCACAAUCCAAGCAAAAGCACACGCACCAGCGCAUCCUGUUCCAGUCGCCCAAGUUUACGGCCACGAUUUCGACCGAGUUUCAAGACUUGCUCACGAGCCUGCUCGAGAAGGACCCGACCAAGCGCCUUGGGAACACGGCCGGCAUCGCCGAGCUCAAGGCCCACCCGUGGUUCCACGGUGUCGAUUGGGACCGUGUUUUGAAGAAGGAAACGACGCCGCCCAUCGUUCCGAAGCCCGCCGGCGACGACUUUGUGGGCAACUUUGACCCGCAGUUCACCGAGCAGCCGCACUCGCUCGACGAGGCCAACGCCAAGGACGAUGCUUUCUUCAACGCAAGCAAGGACUUUGCUGGCUUUGACUACGUGCGGCCGAGCUUGAAGCCGGCUGCACUCGAGCCAUCUCUGGACGCCGGUAUGGUCACGCUCAAGCUCUAACACAGCCCAAUCUGCUGUAACCUUGUAAUCCCACACACGUCCUCACAUG